CCAGUUUUAUUAUUAUUUUUAUAUAAACGAUAAUUGUAUCAAAAUUUAUGAUUUUCACACACACACACACACACACAUCUCUUGCCAUCCAGUGCCUGUUUGACGACCAUCUUUUUUUUAUUUAUUGUUCCGAAACCGUGACCAGUUUUUUGUUGUUGUUGUUGUAUUUUUCAAUCAAUCUGAUAUAUUUUUGGAACAAUACCACAGAAAAUUGUCCAGACAAUCCAGUCAAUAAUUUGAAUUAGAAUAAUUGAACACCGUAAUCAAACAACAAUCGGUCAAUUGAACAUCACGAUAAACAACAAUCAUCAACAAAUAUACGCUGCUACGACAGCCAAAAAUUUAUUUUUGGAAAAUUGAACUAUCCCGAAACGCCUAUAUUUGAAUUUCAAAUUUGUUCCAUUUCCCACCACCACUACUAUCACCAUCAUUAUCGUCAUUUGAAUUUUUGAAAUAAUCAACUCAACUCUACAUACACUGUGAAAAAUAAACACGUAAUAAUGUCAUCAUCAUCAACAACAACAAUGGCGACAACAACAAAUGUAUCACCAUUACUAUGUAAAAGAAUUAGAAAAUUUCUAAUUGAUUAUCAAUGUGAAAUACGAUAUAGAAAAAUGAAUCCACCAUCAUCAUCAAUGAAAUCAAAUACAUAUGAUUCAUCAUCAUCAUCAUCAAGAAUAUUUUCAUCAUUAAUGGCUGCUGAUCCGACCACAGCGAAUGCAUUGCAAACAUCAACAGUUGUAUUACGGAAAAAGAAUAAAAAUAAAAAAAAUUCAUCAUUCGAUGGUAUACCAAUAUCAAAUUAUCGUAUACAUUCAAAUAAUUUAUAUGCUGAAAUAUUUGAUUGGAUAUAUCAUUUUUUAUGGCUAAAAAAUUGUCCAAUUGAACUAGCUACAAUUGUUGCCAUCAAAAUAGCCACCAGAAUGAGUCAAGAAAUUAUAAAUGAAUUUAAUCAUUCGUUGAUGAUUAAUAAUAACAAUAACAACAACAAUAAUCAUCAAUUGAAUAAUAAUAAUAACAAUUAUGACGAAUUACAAAUGGACAAAUCACCUGCAUUAUCAUCACCAACAAUAUCAUCAUCAACAACAACGACGAUGAUGAUGAACGAUUCAAUGUCAAUGAUGAUGAUGAUGGAUAAUAAUAAUCAAUCAACAUCAACAACAACAACGAUUGGUGGCCCAUCUAUGGAACAACGAUCUUCAUUAUCAACUGGUGCACUUUGUUCAGUGGAUUUAUCACGUCAAUCACGUGAAUUGAUGGAUGAAUGUCUUGAUGAUUUGGGUAAUAAUCCAGAUCGUGCCAUAUCGAUGGUCAAUGAUUAUCUGGAUAAUAAUAAUGCUGUGAAUGAUGAUGAUGAUGGUGGUGGUGGUGGUUCUUUGGCUAAAAAUGAAAUGACAAAUAAUAACAAUCAAUCGAUGAUAUUACCAUUUACAACAUCUGUUUCGGCUAUCAAAAAUCGACGACAAUCAAUGGAAGAUCGACAUAUUAUUAUACAGAAUUUGAAUAAAGCAUUAGGUUUAACGUUACCAAAAACCUAUAGCUAUUAUGCAAUAUUUGAUGGUCAUGCUGGUAUUGAUGCUGCUAGCUAUUCAACGGCACAUUUACAUCAUUAUCUGGUUGAAAGUGAUGCAUUUAUAAAUGGUGGCGAUAUGAUGGAACAAGCAUUUCGUGAAGCAUUUCAUAAAACAGAUGAACUGUAUAUAAAACGUUUACGUGAAGAUGGUGUUGAUAAAUUGAAACCAUCCGGUACUACAGCACUUUGUGCACUUAUUGAAGAUAAUAAAACCGUUUAUCUAGCAUGGGCUGGUGAUUCUCAGGCUGUAUUAGUUCGUAAUGGUUGCCAUGAAGAGAUCAUGUUACCACAUAAACCAGAUAUGGAAAGUGAAAGGAUUCGUAUACAGGAUCAAGGUGGCCUUGUUAUCUAUAUGGAUACAUGGCGUGUAAAUGGUAUUCUAUCGGUUACACGUGCUAUUGGUGAUCCAGAACAUAAAGCAUUAAUUAUUGCUGAUCCAAGUUUCUCUUCAUUUGAAAUUGAUCAAUCAUUAGAUUUUCUUGUGCUUGGUUGUGAUGGUCUUUUUGAUCAUUUGAAUGGACAAGAUAUUACAUCACAUGUAUUUGAAUAUCUAUGUAAAAAUGAAAAUAAUGAUCCAGAAACGGUUAUUGCUGGAGUAUCGGCAUACUUAUCCGAACAGGCUAUCCAAGAAGGUUCUGGUGAUAAUAUUACAUCGAUUGUUAUUUUCUUCAAACCAUUUGAACAAUUGGUUGCCACUGGAUUUCCAUCUACGGCAACAACAAUGACUAAUCAUGAUGAAGAAUCAAUUGUAAAAUCAGAAGAAAAAAUGGAUUUAACUAAUGAUUCUGAUGGCAAUCUGUCAAUGAUAGCAUCACUUUCCACAAAAAAUGGUGGUCAUUUUCCAUAUACAGAUUUUUCUGAAUUACCAAUUGGAACUAAGUAUCGUUUGACAUCGAAUGAAAAUCCAUCACCGAUGGAUAUUGUUGAAUCAUCAUCAACAACACCAGUACCACCAGAACAACCACCAACAACGCCUACAACCGAAUCGAUUGUUCCCGAUACGAUCGAUACUAUGGAAAAUUUGAAUAAUCGAAUCGAUAAUAUGGAAUCUUUAUCAUCAUCAUCAUCAUCGUCAUCAUCAAUGAUUGUAAUGGAAUCAGAAUCAAAAAUUAUUGAUAAUGAACAACAGCAUCAACAACAACAAUUUGAACAACGACAAGAACAUCCAAUGAAAUUUAAUGAUAAUGAUGACGAAGAUGAAUUAAAUACAUUCGAAACAACAACAACAAUUAAUAAUAAUAAAAAUAAUAACAACUAUGAUGAAAGCGAUGAUCUUGGUGAUGAUGAACGUUGUCAAGAUGAAUUUGAUUUCGUGCCGGCUACAACAACGACAACCACAACUGAAAACAAUAACAUGGCAUCAAUCGAUGCCGGUAAUUGUAACGAGAUUAUUGUUGAUGAGCAACAACUAAAAAUCAACAACGAAAAUAACAUUAUCUGUAUUGGUGAUGACAAAUACGAAAACAAAGCUGAAAGAGAAGAAUUAAUAAUGGAAAAAACAUUAUUACCUGAUUAUAAUAAUGAUGAUGAUGAAGAUGAUAAUAAUAGUAUUAGUAAACCUUCGGCAAAUACAACAAUUAUUGAUACUUCAUCAAUAUAUCCAAUUAAUAAUGAUGGUAGCAAUAUUAUGGAUAUGGAUGAUCAUUCUUUUACAAUUGAUUCAAAUGAAGUUCCAUUAUCUACGUUUACUGAUCCAACAUUGAUUAAUUCACCAAUUAAUGAUUCUGCUAAUAAUAAUGAUACCGGUGCAGUGAUGAUGAAUGAUUUUAUGUUUGCCAAUCAAAUUUCAUUCAAUGAUGAAUCCAAUGAUUUGAUGAUUCAAACAGAUUAUACAAAACCGAUGGAAAAUUUACCUGGUUCAUUGAUAACACCAAUAACAACAACAACAACUAUUGGAUCACAAUUAUUUGAAAUGGACAAUGAUCCUAAAUUGGAUGAAAAAUUGAUUGAUUCCGAUUUUCCGCAAGCUCAAGCUGCUGCUGUUGCCACUGUUAUUACUAAUGAUGAUUAUGAUAUUCAACAAUCAAUGAAUACUACUAGCCACGAAGAAAAAAUGAAUGAUAUUAUUAAAGCACCAGUUUCCCAAAACAUCAGUGAUGGUAUUAUUGAUCUGAAUAAUGAUGACAAAUCUAUUCCUAAUGGAGAUUUAUUUGGCAAAUUAGACGAUAAAAUAGUCAAUGAUAUUGAAGAUUCUAAAAUGCUCAUAUCGGAAUCAUCAUCACCUGUAAUUGAUAUGAGUGAUAAUAAUGAUGAUGUUAAUCGAGUUAAAAGAUCUGUACCUGAAUUUGUGGAGACUAAUUUGGAUGAAUAUUCAGUGGCUCCGUUAUCAGUAUUGAAUGAAGAUAAAGUUCAGCUUCCUUUGGUUGAACCAUUAGCAGUUGAUGAAAAGAAAGAAAUUGUUUCGAAAGUAGAGGAAAUUCCAGAAAAAGUUUUGGAACAAGUUCCAGUCGUGGUUACUUCAGAAACUAUACCUGCUUCUGUUGCUCCUGUUACUGUUCCUGUCAAAAGUACUGUUCCAUCAAAAGCAACAAUCAAAACCGCUGCUCCAUCAACAACAACAACAACAACGACAACAGGUAAAACAUCGAAUAACAAAACUGUUGCUGGUACAAAAACUUUAGCACCAAAAACAACGGCUACCACUCGUCCAGCAGUAUCAUCUCGUUUAACAACUGCUACUAAAUCUUCAAAUAACACAAAAACAACAACUGGAAGCAAACCGGCAGCAAUAACUAAAACUGGUGAUAAAAAACCGGUGACAAGUACCGCAUUGUCAUCUCGAUUGACAUCGACUAAUCGGUCCACUGGCUUAACAAAUCGUCCAACUGCAUCAACUAGAACGACAACUACAAGUGGAACUACUACAGUUGCUGCCGCUAAGCCAUCACGAACAGCUUUGACAAAUCGUUCAACAACAACGUUGAAGACUACGGCCACAACUGCUAAAUCUACAUUGAAUAAACCGGCUACCACUUCAACUUUGACUACCGCACCAAAAACUACACGUGCUACAACGACGGCGGUACCAAAAACAACUUUGAAACCAAAAACAUCGACAAAUUCCGCUUCAACUGGCAGUAGUAUUGCGGCAAGAAAACCACUGUCAACUUCCGCUUCAACUGGCAAUAGUAUUGCGGCAAGAAAACCACUGUCAACUUCUACUACAGCAACAAAAGUUGGAUCGAUUCGUCCAGCUGCUACUACCAAAACAUCCACCACAACACCAGGUACCACGGCUUCAAAAGCGGCAACAAACUUAUCGAAGCAACGAACAACGACCACAACCAUGUCAUCUACAUUGAAAAAAACAACAACCGCUACGGCUAAAACAGGUGUUCGUAAUAAUAAUACUCAAAAUGAUGUGAAAAAAUCUGUACCGAAAAUUCCUAAAUCAUCAUCAACCAUGACUGCAACUAAAAAUGGCAUAAGUAAUGGUACUGCUGCAAAUACUGCUGUACCAAAGCCACCAUCAACAUUAACAACAACAAAUUAUGCACAUAAACGUAGCAGUCUAAUUAGUCCGGAAAAUUCAUUGAAACAAGAAUUGGAAGAAGCCGCUUUGAAUGAAAUGAAUGCAUUGACAGCCGCAACAGCAGCAACAUUAGCCACAUUGAAUGGAUCGAAUUAG